AUGGCGCUGAGUCUGGCUGACGCCGGGAACAAGUUCGAGGAUCUUUCCGGGGUCGAUAUCAAGCCGGGAGACAACCCGUACGACGCCCUCAUCAACGCCUGCAGCGGCUCUCCGGCUAAGAUUCAGUCGCUUUAUGCUACUCACCGUUCGACACGAAAUGCGCAGCAGCGGGAGAAGUUUCUGUCUCUCGACUUCAAGCAGUUGAACAUUGACCCCAUCCUCUUGCGGCUGGAGAAGCCCGACGUAGAGCCCGGGUUCCAGGACCCCCGGCACUGUCUCGUUUUCUGGGCGCGACCCCCGAACCAUGUUGUGAAGCUGGCAUGCCAUGUCCAGACCCUUCUGCAAAAGGCGGCACCGAGUAAGGGCUUCCACCAUCUUCCGAACUUCAUCGGCACUAGGGAGAAACUAACAUCUCGGGGACUAGAUCUCUGGCUCAUGCCUUCGCACCGCAUGCACUUGACGACCCUCGAGAUCGCCCACUCGCGGACGGCCCAAGGGAUUGCAGAUUUGGUAUCGUCAAUGCGCCCGGCGAUUCCUGUCCUAACAGGCUUACAUUUACACGACGCUCGCGGCUGUGAAACCCCAUGA